UAUUUAAGAUAAUAACGACAUGACAUGAUAAUAAAGUGAAACUGUUUGGUUUGGUAUGUAUAUAAAGGUGUUGCUCGAAGAGUUCUCACCACUUACUCGCCGGGCUUCAUCUCAUCGAGUUUGCUGAACCACUCAACCAUGUGGCGAUUGUUCUUGUUAGUUUACCUUGGGGUUAUCGAUGCAAGGCCGUCCGCGAGGGAACCUCCAAAGUUUCGUCCUGACUACAAAUACGUGGCAGCGGUAAACGGCUGGCUGAAGCUGCACCGCGUACCCACCGACUGGUUCGACGCACGCGCACGAUGCCAGCUCGAAGGUGCGGACCUUGCGUCUCCAUCAGACGAGCUGAUGCUGCAGGCCAUGCGUUCCAUCAGCAACGAGACCAGUGACGCUUACUGUGGCUUCUACACUGGCAUCCAUUCUUUGUUCUCCAAAGGAGAUUAUACCUCCAUUGAGGGUACUCCCCUGUGGAAGAUGCCAGUAAACUUCACAAAAUCUCAGUCCUGUCCUAAAAAGAUCCAGAACAACGACUGCACAGUUCUUUUUUCCGCGGGCACCGCGGGCUCCGUUGACACCGUGGACUGCAACCAAUUAUAUCCCUUCAUGUGCUUCAGAAAGCAGAAGAAAAUUAAUAAUAUGUGUGACUGUGGAACUAUUGAUCAUGAAUAUAAGUACUACGAAACAACAGAGCAAUGCUAUAAAUUCCAUCGUCAUCCUCAAACCUGGCCAGAGGCUUACAAAAUCUGCUUGGCUGAAGGCGGACACCUGGCCGUCAUAAACAAGGCUGAGGAGGCCAAAGUAAUAUCCAGUAUCUUCGAAGAGCAUCCGGCUUAUACCAUGCUGUCGAAUUAUAAAGAUUCCUUGCUUCUGGGAUUUAAAAAAUUACAAGGAACUUGGACUACUAUACAUGGUCAAAGUCUCGAACAAGCAGGUUACUCAAACUGGUCUCCAAAGCAACCCGACUCCUCGACUCAUCCUAAUCCUGGUGGCACUAAAGAGUACUGCGGGGCAAUGUUCCGUACCGGUCUUUUAGACGAUGUUUGGUGUGACGUUCAGUACCCUUUCAUCUGUGAAAGAAAUGUACCGGAUACGAAUGAAGAAGUUGCCAUCUAUAAUUCACCGAAUGAUCAGGUUGAAGGCAGUUUGUAGUUUUUAUUUGUACUAGUUGAUUAGAUGAGUAGUUGAUAUGUAUAUAAAAAUAUGUUAUAAACUUCGGGAAGAGCACCCUUUUUGUAAUAUGUUUAAAAACAACUAAUUGUAAAACAAGUAAUUGAUGAUUCUAGAAGCGCAUGUAAACGUUUUACAAAAGUAUCAUGGAUCAAAUUAAUAUUUAUACAGUUCUUAAUGUGUUGUCCAUAAAUUUAUUUAAAAAUCUAUUCAGAAUAAAAAACUUA